UCGCGACCGACCGCCUAAUUCUCUCCUCAUUUCCGAUACUUUUCUGCGGUGGUGACUAUCUCAUCAUAUUCUUAACUGGGCUUUACUAUCAAUAAUCUCCUCAGCAAUAUCAUAUAUAUAUACGAUGGUGUUUCCCCGGUCGCUCCUGAUCGCGGCUUCCGCAUUCCUCCUUGGCUCCCCGAAGCAGGCCGCUGGGACAGUAACGGAACUACAGAGCGUGCUGAAGAACACCCACAUGAGCAAUGAAUAUGGAUAUCCCACCGACUUUACCAGGGACGUUCUGCCUAUCCCAGUCCAUUCCCAUAAUGACUACUGGAGAGAUGUGCCUUUCUACGCAGGCCUAUCGAAAGGAUGCAUAUCGACUGAGGCGGAUGUGUGGCUGUAUAAUGGCACUCUUUAUGUCGGUCAUGAUGAGUCUUCUCUGACGGAAAAGCGAACCUUGGAGUCGCUCUAUGUCAACCCGAUCCUGGAUGUGCUCCAACGUCAGAACCCCACAUCUCGUUUCGUGACAUCGCCCACGAAGAACGGUGUGUUCGAUACUGACACUUCACAAACGCUUUAUUUCUUCAUUGAUCUGAAGACAUCCGGGCCUGAAACCUUGAAUGCUGUCGUCGCGGCCUUGGAGCCACUGCGCACGCGUGGUUACCUGACUACUCUCAAGGACAACACGACCAUCAUCGAGGGGCCCGUCACGGUGAUAGGCACCGGUAACACACCACUUGACCUGGUCGGGCCGGUGGCCAACAGAGACUACUUCUUUGAUGCACCCCUCGAUAAACUUGACGAGGGUCAAUACUCCGAGAUAACCGGUCUAAUCUCUCCUAUUGCCUCGACUAACUUUGCGGCUGCCGUGGGUCCUCUUUCGCAUAGUGAGCUGAGUGAGAAUCAAACCCUUGCCAUUCGAACGCAGAUCGCUGCUGCUAAGAAGAAGGGUAUUGGAGCGCGAUACUGGGGUACCCCUUACUAUCCGAUCCGUGCUCGCAACAACAUUUGGAGGACUCUGCUCGAGGAAGGUGUUGCUUUGUUGAAUGCAGAUGAUCUGAAUGCUGUGGCGGGAUACUUUUGAAAUGUGUUAAUGUCCAUAGAUAGUAGAGGUUGGCUAGCUCCCUGAUGUUCUUUCUUGGAGGUUCAAUUCACUUGGAUCCAUCAUGUGUAAAGGCCAUAUCCGCCUAUGCGUCCUCCGGAAUCUCUGCUGUUGGUUGUGGUGUUAUUCCACCAUCUCAGCACGGACAGAUAUUCAACCACUUCAAUAUCUCUCUCUUGUCAAAGCGGCAACAUUCCUGAGCCAAA